CAUCUAUUGGGACCCUCGCAAAAUGGAACCGGCCUCCUUUUGCGAAGUCUUGUCUGCCCCUCAGGUCUCUGGCCCUGGAUGGGGUGUGUUCAGAAGACUUCACGCCCCACCGCCCCACCGGCCGGGCUGCGCUGCCCGCUGGGGCCAGCAGGGGGAGCCCGCGGUCAGGCCGGAGGGGGCGGGAUGGAGGCGGGGCCACGAGGCCGGCUGGGCCAAUAAAGGCGGCUGCACGCCGCUGCGGCUAACUCCGCCCUUUGGGCGCCCGUGACCCUCGCUUCUGGAGUCUCUGCUGGCCCGUGGCUCUCCUGCCCGGACCCGCACCCACGAUGCUGGCGCUACGCUGCGGCCCCCGUCUGCUCGGCCCCCUCUCCGGCCCGCGCUCUGCGCACCUGCGCCUACCCGCGGCCCGCGCUUGCAGCAGCGGCUCCCGAGACCCGUCCUCUUCCUCCCGGAACCCGCUCGUGUACCUGGACGUGGGCGCCGACGGGCAGCCGCUCGGCCGCGUGGUGCUGGAGCUGAAGGCAGAUGUCGUCCCAAAGACAGCAGAGAACUUCAGAGCCCUGUGCACCGGGGAGAAGGGCUUCGGCUACAAAGGCUCCACCUUUCACAGAGUGAUUCCGUCCUUCAUGUGCCAGGCUGGGGACUUCACCAACCACAACGGCACAGGGGGGAGGUCCAUCUACGGGAGCCGCUUUCCUGACGAGAACUUCAAACUGAAGCACAAGGGGCCAGGUGUCCUGUCCAUGGCAAAUGCAGGCCCCAACACGAACGGCUCCCAGUUCUUCAUUUGCACCACAAAGACAGACUGGCUGGAUGGCAAACAUGUUGUGUUUGGCCAUGUCAAAGAGGGCAUGGAAGUCGUGAAGAAAAUAGAAUCUCUCGGCUCCAAGAGUGGGAAGACAUCCAAGAAGAUUGUCAUCACGGACUGCGGCCAGGUCAGCUAACCCGCCGUGGCCAGGGCUCUAGGCCAGCGGGAGCUGCUGGCAACAGGGAGUUGACUCACCCAAGCGGCCGCCUCGGGCUCCCAGCGCGGGGGCCCCUUGGAGUUGCCUGUGCUCCCUCCACCUCCUCUGUG